AUGGACAUCAUUUCCCACCUCCCCGAAAUCCUCGUGGCUCUAGCCGCCGCCGCAUUCAUCCACUUAUGGCGGCUGGGCAACAAGCGGAAGCAGCAGCAAAACAACCCCAACCGCCGCGUCCCCGAAAUCCCCGGCGCCCUGCCUCUGGUCGGCCACCUCCACCUCCUCGGCGGCAACCAGACCCUCUCCCGGAAGCUCGCCUCCUUCGCCCACAAAUACGGCGACGUAUUCACCAUCCGCCUCGGCGCCAACUCCGCCGUCGUGGUCAGCGACUACGAGUCCAUGAAAGAAUGCUUCACCACCAACGACCGGAUCCUCUCCUUCCGCCCGGAAUCCAGCCAGGCGAAAGUCCUCGGCUACAACUACGCCGCCUUCGGGUUCGCCUCCUACGGCAGCUACUGGCGGGACAUGAAGAAGAUGCUCAUGACCGAGCUCCUCUCCGUCCAGCGAAUCAAGGCCCUCCGCCACGUCCAGAUCUCCGAGGUCGAUUUCCUCAUCACCGACCUCUACCAGCAGAGCAGCAGCGCUGCCGGCGACAAAGGCCGGCCGAUCGCGAUCAGCGAGGCCCUCCAGGGGUACGUGCUGAACAUCAUCACUCGUAUGGUCGCCGGGAAGAGGUAUUUCGACAAGACCAACGACGACCUCCAGGCCGUCUCCGGCGGGAGGCCCAUCGGCCAGGUGAUGAGGGAGUUCAUGCUCGUCACCGGAACCCUCGUCCCUUCCGAUUUGAUUCCGAUCCUGGGCUGGUUCGGGUUCCAAGGGGUGGUCAAGACCAUGAAGCGGGUCUCCAAGGAGCUUGAUGUCAUCAUGGAGAGCUGGAUCGACGAGCACAAGAGGAAACAAUCGACCAAAUCGGCCGCCAAUCCCGAUCUAAUCGACGUCAUGCUCUCCGAAAUCAAAGAGGAAGUCGCGUACGGUCACAAGCGUGAGGACAUUAUCAAGGCCACCGCUAUGUCUCUGAUCGUCGCCGGCUCCGAUACAACCUCGAUCACGCUGACGUGGAUCCUGUCCAACCUGCUAAACCACAAGCGAGUGAUGAAGCUGGCACAGGAAGAGAUCGAAACUAAAGUCGGGACGGACCGGUGGGUCGACGAUUCCGACAUCGAGAAGCUGACGUAUCUGGGAGCGGUGAUCAAGGAGACGCUGCGAAUGUACCCGCCGGGCCCACUCUCCGUGCCUCGAGAGGCGUCGGAGGACAUCACGAUCAAAGGAUACCACGUCCCGAAGGGCACUCGCUUCCUAGCCAACUUCUGGAAGCUGCACAGGGAUCCGAAGGUCUGGUCCGACCCGGACGAGUACAAACCGGAGCGGUUCCUGGCCGCCAACGCCAACAUGGAGAUAUUCGGUCAGCAGUUCGAGUACCUUCCGUUUGGGUCGGGGAGGAGGGGAUGCCCGGGGAUUAAUUUCGGGAUGCAGGUGACGCAACUGACCUUGGCGAGGCUGCUUCAAGGGUUCGAUUGGGGUACCCCAAAUGACAAGCCGGUGGACAUGACGGAAGGAUUGGGAAUCGCCCUUCCCAAGGCCAAUCCUCUGGAGGUCGUCCUAACCCCACGCUUUCCUCCGCAGUUCUAUAAAUCUUAGAUUUACCAGAUUUUGAGCCAAAAAAAAGUGACGAUGGAAUAAUAAUGGUUGGGAUUUUCGCAUAUGCUUUCAUUUAUUUAUCUCUAUGUACGUAGCCCCGCUUAUGUUAUGCAAAUUUAUAUAUAUGUGAUAUGUGUAAUGAUAGUUUCUCUAUGUUCUGUGUA